UCAGCUGCCAGCUGCGACGAGGUCAUGAAGGAAAAUCAAAGCAUAACAGGAGGCGACUUGCUUUUAUUUGCUCGGACCUAUGCCGCAUACCACGGUUAUAUAUCUAUAUGUGUGUGCAUAUUUGGAAUCGUCACAAACAUAUUCAAUAUAACAGUAUUAACAAGGAAGCAUAUGCGGACACCAGUGAACUUAAUUCUUACUUGGCUUGCAGUAUCGGACAUUAUAACCAUGUUGUCCUAUUUACCAUUUGCCAUGCAUUUCUAUUGCAUUUAUCCCGCUGCAAGUAAAUCAAUGGAGAAAAAUAGCAAAAGCUGGAUGGCUUACAUGAUAUUUCAUAUUAAUCUUGCCGCUACAACUCAUACGGUGUCAAUUUGGUUGUGUGUGAUGUUGGCCAUUGUUCGUUAUUUGCAUAUCCGAUCUCCAACAAAAGCAAACUCGAUGCGACUGCAGAGAAUCAAACAAUCUCGAUUUGGGAUUCUUGUUAUUUACGUUUCAUCUGCACUGAUUCUCGUUCCCAAUUACAUGAGUAAUAAAUUGCUUCCUGAUGUUCUUCCAGGAAACAAUGAAACCAUUUAUGUUCUCCGAAACUUGAACCUUGGUAAGAAUGACACCGAGACAAUGGUGCUUAUAAACGUAUGGAUAUAUGCUUUCACCGCCAAACUUGUCCCUUGUCUAUUGAUGUCAAUAUUCGGUUCCCUGUUGAUCUACAACAUUCAUGUAAAAAUCCGCCAGAGACGUAAAAUCUUACAGAUAUCAGGUGCUAGCAGUCUGCGUCUGUCAGAACAUUCAAGGACCACAAAAAUGUUAUUAGCCGUCAUCAUUCUGUUUUUAGUAACAGAACUUCCACAAGGUGUUCUUAUAAUAUUAAGCGCAUGUAUGGAAAAUUUCUUUGACCAAGUAUACCUUCCUUUGGGAGACGUGAUGGACAUUGUAGCUUUGGUCAACAAUGCCGUUAACUUCAUUCUAUAUUGCUCUAUGAGCACAAAAUUCCGUGAAACAUUCGUACAUUUGUUCUGUAACUUCCACCCGAUUCGCCGAUCAGAAGAUUCCGGUUACACCCUCACCGACAGACUGGCCAAACUAGAUUCCCACAGUAACAACAAUGACAAUAAUCAACAUCUUCAUCUGCUUAAAAAUUAUUUCCGAAAACCAAGCGCCGAACGGCAUUUACAAAGACAAUAGUGAAAUGGACCAAGACUGAAUAUUAAAGCACAACGAUUUGUAUAAACAAUUCAUUAAAUUUAUCUACAAAUGUAGAUUUAAUAUUAUAAAAC